AACCAUUCACUAAACCAAGAGCGUGCACACCAAGGCAUCAAAAAUGUUAUUGUGUGGAAUAUUCAUAAUUUCUAUAAUUCCACUUGCUUCUUCAAACCAAACUAAAUUCUCUCAACAGGAUGUUAUAUCAAAAUUUGCUGUUUGGGAAGAAAGACUUCUGAAACAGGAGAUUAUGAUAGAAAAACAAAACAAGAAGAUAAACUUCCUUGAAAAACAAAUCGCUAAUCACAGUGCGGCUAUCCGUGAAUGCAGAUCUGGGCAAGGUUUAGUCACCCAAAGGAAUGAAGUUUUUCCAGAAAGUCAUGAUCAUUCACGGAAUGUAAAAAAAUCGGUAGAUGGCAGAAUCGCAUUCUCAGCUUUCUUGGACCACGAUGCAGAUUUUGGUGCUGGCCAAACCAUCAAAUUCAACCAGAUAAUUACAAACGAAGGAAAUGGAUACAACAUCCAUACCGGCGUUUUUACCUGUCCUGAAGCUGGAAUGUAUAUGUUCACGUUCUUCAUAGGAGAGAGGGGAGUGGGAGAAGGCGUUACACAAAUGUAUGCAGAUUUUAAGGUUAAUAGUCAAAACGUUAUUGGCGCUGUAGCAGAAACCAGACAUAAUGGUGAAGAUGCUCAAGGCGGAAAUUCUGUGGUAAUAAGGUUAAAGCAGGGUGACGUAGCAUGGCUCAGUAAUAGAGACGAUGGUUAUCACAUUGAGGGUGAUGUUUCACGUAUUUCUUCGUUUACUGGACUUUUCUUAUACUCUUAAAAUAAAAGAAAAGCAAGUCUG